UCCUCCUGGAUGGGGAUGGGGGAGGGGCAGCAGGGAACCAGGCAUCUUCCCUCUGACAUUCAGAGUCACACUCAGAAGUCACUGGUCCCUGCAAUAUUCAAAAGUUUGAGGAACGUGAAGGGGUGCCACAAACCACACCACGGGGACAGCUACCAGGACCAUCCAGGGACACACUUUUGCCUUCCGUUCGUUCAGGAGCUUCCUCUGAAGUCGCGGUUUUUCCUAGAGACUAGGCAUGCGGUGGAUGCUUCUGCUGCUACUGCCGCUAAGGCAGCCGCUGCUACCACUGCUGUUGGUGCAGAGCCAGAGCCUGGCGGGACUUUCCCAGGAGACCAUUCCCCUCUUCCGACUCACUCAUCAGGGACCCUGGGACAACCAGGACAGCCACACAGUCACCAACUCGCCCUGCGAGGGGCUCCCUGCUGCGGGAGCCACGACCCUGACCCUGGCGAACCGCAGCCUGGAGCGCUUGCCCAGCUGCCUGCCACACACGCUGCGCAUCCUCGACGGCAGCCACAACCUGCUGCGCACCUUCGGCGGGCCUGAGUUCGGUCGCCUCCCAGAGCUGCACAUGCUCACCUUGAACCAUAACCGCAUAUCUACGCUGCACUGGGGCCACGGCAUGCCCGCCAUGCUGCAGGAGCUCGACCUCAGCCACAACCUGCUGGCAGCAUUGCCCCCCUGCGCCGGGCCCCCGGUGCUCAACCUGCGCUCUCUGGCCCUGGAGGCGAACCCACUGAGAGCACUGCAGCCACGGACUUUCGCGUGCUUCCCGGCGCUGCAGCUUCUCAACCUCUCCUGCAGCGAGCUGAGCCACAUCGCCCAGGAGGCGUUUGUUCGGGAGGAUGGCGGGCCCCUGGCGACUCUGGAGAUCUUGGACCUGAGCAGCACACGCCUUGAGCGAGUUGAGUCUGGGUGGAUCAGAAACCUGCCACAGCUCAAGUCCCUCUACCUGAGAAAGAUGCCCAGGCUGAAGACCCUGGAAGGAGACAUUUUCAAGAUGACCCCCAACCUGCAGCAGCUGGACUGCCAGGAGUCCCCAGCGCUAACUUCUGUCCACACACAGAUCUUUCAAGACACUCCUCAUCUGCAAGUCCUUCUGCUGCAGAACUGCAACUUGAGUUCCUUUGGUCCUUGGAUUGUGAAUUCCUCCCAGAUCUUGUCUGUGAGCCUCUUUGGCAACCCUCUCACUUGCAGCUGUGAGCUGGCGUGGCUUCUCAUGGAUGCAAACAAAACUGUCUUACACAGGGCAGCAGAUACCAUGUGCGAGCCCACUCCAGGAUCCAAGGUCCCCUUCUCUGGCCCUCUCUCCCUCUUCCAGCUGUCUGAUGUAUGCAGGCCAGACCAAAGCUCCACCCUCCUGACUUCAAACCCACCGCACUUUGAUCAUGCACCACAGGCACAGGGGCCUUCCAUUGGACAGAGCACGGCCCCAUCUGCUCAGUCUGGAGGAGGUCAACAAAAUAUCACUAAGGUCCCCUCCCACACCGUGGCUUCUCUUACACAUGGGUCAUGGAUGCAUAAUAAUACUUCAGAGGAAACUGCCCGGUCUACUACUGACUCAGUGACAAUUUACCAUCUCUCCAGGGCUCUGCCUGGUGCUGCUAGCACAGGGCCAGAGCAGACUGCCACACAUAUCCUCGAGCCCAGUAUCUCACCUGCCUCCACCACACUGCUCGGCAAAUACUUUGGACCUUCGCCUACUUCACCAAGCCCCAGGAGAAUAUCUCAGACCAACCAGAGGACACAAGCCACCACCAUGGCUCUGCACACACACCCGCCACAGGAUGAGAUUCCAGUCUUGCUGUUAGAUGAUGACAGCAAGGAGGAUGAGACUCGUGAUCAGGUGGUAUCGUCUCACCAGGAUGUCUCUUGUGAUUAUCACCCCUGCAAGCAUCUGCAGACCCCAUGUGCCGAGUUGCAGAGGCGCUUCAAAUGCCGUUGCCCUGGUCUCAGUGGGGAAGAUACCAUCCCAGACCCGCCCAAGCUGCAGGGGGUUUCAGAAAUGACGGACACAUCAAUGCUCAUCCACUGGUGUGCCCCCAACUCAGUGGUGCACUGGUACCAGAUCAACUACCUGGCAGAAGGGGGAUCUGGGAACCAGUCAGUAGUGGGCAUCUAUGCUACAGCCAGACAGCACCCACUAUACAAGCUGUCACCAAGCACCACCUACCAUGUGUGUGUACAGGCAGCCAACAGGGCUGGCCUGAGCCAGCAGCAGACCUCAGGCUGGAAGAGGUCAUGUGCCAACUUCACAACCAAGCCCAGCUCUGUGGUCAUCUUCUGGGCACUGUGUACCUCCAGUGGACUGUUACUAGUUAGCACCCUGGUGCUGUCUGUGUGUCUCUGGAGGCAGCGCUGGAAGCCACACAGGCAGUUCUAUGACACAGACCUGGUGGCCUUCAAAAACCCGGCUAGGGCUGAGGAAGUAACUCAGUGGUAGUUGACUUCCCCAUGCGCAAGACCUCGGAUUUGUCUCCAACAUGAAAAUCGGACACAUUUGAGGUCUUGGGUUAAUCUCUAGUGACCAAAUUAAACAACAGACCAGUAUUUGACCACCUGCUGAGGCCCCAGACCAUCAAUUAUCCCAGCUUCUCUUCCAAUCAAACCAGUCUGUAUGCAGAAAUUACAACCUAGUGCCUAAAAACAACACGAGUCCCACCUUCCCCAAAGCCAGCAUGCCUCCCACACACUCAGUACUCUGUGUUGCUUCCUUCUGUUCCUCCUCUAACUGUUCUCAGUAACCUGAUGGUCAACACCAGACAGUCCUACUGGCAGCUGUCAUUCUGCGUUGUUCCCUUGGGAUUUUUCAGCCGUCAGUGUCUCCCUCAGUAUCUACUGGGAGAAAACAAAGCAAUGUAACAAGGAACACAAAUUGUUUCGGAAACGCCAUCCUUAAGUUUCUUGCAUGGAAGUUGCCUUGUGGCUAGCAUGAGUUGCUAGCCAAGAGCUGGUGGUCAAGGAAGAGCUACUGGCUUUAUUGGUUGCAUUUCAGUGUAUGUCAAAACACGUAUUUCAAGUUUUCCAGUUAACACUAACUUUCUGCUAACAUCAGUGAAACAUAGGAAAAGACUAUUUGCUUCCAUGGUUUCCUGCGUGUCACUCAAGACUCAAUAGACAAAAGUAGCGUGAACUUUAUUGCCUAGACAAGGUUUUACUGUGCAACCCAUACUGGCCUCAAGCCUGGGAGCCUCCUGCCUCUCUUUCCAAAUGCUGGAAUUGUCUACGGCCAUACCACCCUGAAUGUGCACGAUCUCAUCCAAAUGCUGGAAUUACAAGAGUUUGGAGAGGAGGCAAAAUUGACCCACAAAGACUUCUUGAAUCCGUCUUUCAUCUCCAGGACAGGCUUAAACACUAGCCAUGCUGCAGAAAGCAAGCAUAUCCUAGCUGGAGCCAGAUAUGAAUACUAUACACUUCUGAGUGGCUAAGUAUUCAAGCAUGUUUUCAACAUCCUAAAAUAUAUCCCUAGUUUUAUUAAAUAUGUGCCCAAGAGAAUUGGAGUAAGUAUUUGAAAGACCUCCCCGACAUCCUGCUUAAAAUGUUACAAAAGCUA